UGUCUUAACUCGCAUUUUGGAGAGAAUGGUGUGACUGUUAGAGAACAAAUCGCGGAACUUGUAAGGCAGGCUAUCGACUCGGCGCAGGCAUCUGACGCUUUACCCAAGGUUGAAGUCGAGGACAUCGCGGUGGAGCGCCCGCAGAACGCGGAGCAUGGGGAUUUCGCCACUAGCCUGCCCCUAAAGCUUGCGCGGCCAAUGCGAAUGAAUCCGCUGCAAAUCGCGGAGCGUCUGGCGGCUCACAUGCCGAAUGGCGAACUGGGCGGCGGUUUGCUGGAAUCUGCUACCGUAGCGAGUCCUGGAUUCAUCAACUUUUCGCUGAAUCGCAACUGGCUGCGCGCGCAAAUUGAGGCCAUCAGAACGGACGGCGCUGCGUUCGGCGAUGUGGAUCUGGGCAAGGGACAGCGCGUGCAGAUAGAAUUCGUGAGCGCGAAUCCGGUGGGCCCGCUGCAUAUCGCGCACGCUCGGGGCGGUGUUAUCGGCAGCGCGCUGGCUAAUAUUCUGCAAGCGUCUGGGUACGAUGUUACCCGCGAAUACUACUUCAACGAUGCUGGGGCGCAGAUAGGGCACUUCGCCCGGACUCUGCAGGCUCGUUACUUGCAGCAGUGCGGCAGAGACGUCGAAGUUCAUGAGGACGGCUAUCAAGGCGAGUACAUGAUUGACCUUGCCGCCGAGAUUUUUGGUGAAGAGGGCGAGCGCUUUCUUGAAAUGCCGGAAGAGGAUGCGCUUCGGACGCUUGGCGAGCUGGGCGUCGCCAAGUUCAUGGAUCGUAUCCGCGAGGACCUGAUAAAGUUACGAAUUGAGUUCGACGAGUGGUUCAAUGAGAAGACACUUUUCGUCAACGGUCAGUUCGAGGACUCGAUGGCGCUACUGGAGGAAAAGGGGUAUGUCACCGAGCGUGAGGGCGCGGUCUGGUUCGCUUCAACGCUGCUGGGGGACGAGAAGGACAAGGUGAUGGUACGGGGUAAUGGCAUACCGACCUAUUUCGCCUCUGAUGUGGCGUAUCACUACAACAAGUUUUUCGAGCGCAAUUUCGACCAUGUGAUAAACAUCUGGGGUGCGGACCAUCAGGGACAUGCGCUUUUCAUGAAGGCGCUGGUUGCUGCGCUUGGGAUGCCUGAAGAUAAGCUGACUCUGAUCAUUAAUCAGCUUGUUACGCUGAAGCGGGGCGGCGAGACGGUCCGGCUGUCAAAGCGCACGGGCGACAUUAUCACACUGCGGGAAGUGAUUGACGAGGUGGGCUCGGAUGCUUGCCGGUUCUUCUUCCUGUCAAGGGCCGCUGACAGCCAGAUGGAGUUCGACAUGGAAUUGGCGAAGGAGCAGUCACAGGAGAACCCGGUCUAUUACAUCCAGUACGCCCAUGCCCGAAUAGCCAGCAUUUUGCGUCUUGCGGAAGAGCGCAGCAUCGACUGGAAAGACGGUGAUGUGUCGCUGCUAGGGCAUGACGCGGAGCUUGCGCUGAUACGCAAGAUGCUGGAGCUGCCGGAGCUUAUCAGCAUGAUGGCUAACAACCUGGAAGCGCAUCAUCUGCCGCAUUACGCGUCGGACCUGGCAACGGCGUUCCACUGGUUCUACCAGAACUGCCGCGUCGUAUCCGGUGUCGAAGGUGAGGAAGAGUUGAGCAAGGCGCGGCUGAAGCUGGUGGACGCGGCGCGGGUGGCGCUGGCGCGCUGCCUCAGCCUGAUGGUGAUGGACGCGCCUGAGAAGAUGUGA